AUCGUGAAGCAAACAUAUGAUAAUAGGGUAACAUCCACACAAAGCGUUACCCACACAUUGAUGAAUAUAUUUGCACACAUUAAUGUUGAUUGAUGGGUAAACAAUACUAUUGUGAUUAUUGUCAACGAUCAUUUCGUGAUACGGUUCAAGACCGAAAAAGACAUUGUCAAAGUCAAGCACAUUGUCAUGCAAAAAUCCAACAUGAAUUUAAUCAUUUGGAACGGUUGGUCAGGCGAUUCGGACAGCAAAAUCUCGAGUUACUAUUCUCGGCUGAAGAUGUUACUCGAUUGCAAGAAAUAUUGGCCAAACGGAAAGGCUGCAAAUUUCAUUUGGAUGGUGUGGCACAGCAAACAUUGAAAACCGUUACAAGUCAAUGUCGAUAUGGUUUGCUAUGUAAAAAUUCCCAUCUACUCAACGAUGACCAGAUUGAUUGUUGUCGCACUCAUUUUCUCAACAUUCUCAGUCAACAGACAACCCUGAAUAAUUUAAAAGCAUGUCAUCAUCAUCGUCAUUGUUGGACAAUUACGAUGUCGAAACGUCAAUUACGAAAAGAAUUGUUUCUAAACAUUUGGCUGGAAAAUCGAUUCAAUUUCAAUACGGACAAACGAAAUGAUCUCAUAGGUCAAAUGAUAACGAAAUAAUAUUCGAACCAAUUUUAUCCAUUGAAUCAUGAGAUUCGGAUUGUGUAUUAUCAUUACAUUGCAUUUAUUUUUAUUGCAAACGAACGUUGAUAAAACGUUUUUUUUAAAACGUGUGGCAAAUGAAUAAACUUUCAACGUAGACA